AUGAACGCAAACAUACUCCUUCUUUUAGCUGCAGUGGCAGCUCUUCAGGUGACACCGGCAGUGGCUGAGUGCAAUUCCUCCAAACUACCGAAGAUAGAUUUGGGGUACGAAGUCCACCGAGCCCAGUCCUUUAAUGAGACAACGCAAAUCUACACCUUUUCUAACAUUCGCUACGCCGAAGCACCGGUUGGAGAUCUUCGUUGGGCUCCUCCUCUUGCACCCAAAGGUCGAAUGUCGGGUAUACAGGACGGAGCCAUGAACCGUGUUUGCCCACAAGGAUUUCCUAGGUGGUUUAACGUGACAUCUCAAUUUCAGGCGGCUUUUGCGAAUAACCAAGCUUCGUCUUUUGAGUACGAAGAGGUCAACAGCCGGGCCGAGGCUGAUUUCGCCUCCUUGCCUGAAAAUCCCGACGUUAAUGCAACCCAGUAUACAGAGGACUGUCUCUUUCUGGAUGUUAUUACACCAAAAAAGGCAUUCUUCAAUCGUGAUGGUCACCGUUUAGCCCCAGUAUUAGUUUGGAUCCACGGAGGGGCUUAUGUCGCAGGCAACAAGAUCGACGGCAGUGCUGGGGAUCCCACCCGUCUCAUUUUGAACAGUCAGAAGGAUGGGUCCGACGGUAUUGUCUAUGUCGCGAUUAACUACCGGCUAGGUGGAUUAGGCUGGUUAGCAGGGCGCGAAUUUGAGGCAGCUGGCGGAGUUCCCAACCUCGGCCUUCAUGACCAGCGGCUUGCCCUGGAGUGGGUUCAGCAGAACAUCAAUCUGUUUGGUGGUGAUCGGAAUAACAUUACAGUCGCUGGUGGAUCCGCUGGAGCAGGCAGUAUCAUGCAUCAUCUCAUUGCAAAUGGUGGGACCGGUGAGCUUCCCUUCAAACGCGCCUACAUCGAGUCCCCGGGAUGGGUUCCCACCUCAUCAGAGACCCAGGUUCAAGCUGCACGGGCACUAUUUGACAGUAUUGGUACACAGAGCAUCUCCGAAGCUCGCAGGGUACCAUCUGAGAGUAUUAUUCAUGCGAAUACCCAUGUGAUAUCCUCCUCGAAGGACAGCACAUUCUCAUUUGGACCAGUGGUUGAUGGAACAUAUGUACCGACUACUCCAGGUCAAGCGUUUCUUGACCACAACUUCAACCCCAACGUCACAAUCCUUACAUCUCACGCCAGUAACGAGGGAUUAACAUUUAUAGCACCAUAUGUAACCACGGAUGAGUUGUUUACCUCUCACCUCCAAGGUCUCUUUCCCUUGGCGGACUCUUGCGAUAUAGGUUAUAUCGUUAACACAUCAUACUCGCUCGACCAAUUCAACAACUCCUGGUACGACCGCGCAAUCGGCUUCAUUGGCGACUUUGGUCUGGUGUGUAAUGUUGAACAACUCUCGGCGGCCUACAGCAACCAAACUUAUCGCUACCAAUGGAGUGUUUUCCCGGCAAUUCAUGGUGGGGAUUUCCUGCAUCUGUUUUAUAACGGAGCGGGCAGGGACCAGGUUGAUGGAUCUAUUAUCGUUCCUUACGCAGACAUCCUGCAGGGCUACAUCGCAAACUUUGUGAAAUUCGGCAAUCCGAACGGGGAAGGGCUCCCGGAGCUCCCUAUCACUGGCCCAGAAAGAAAGAUUCUAGGUAUUCAGGACGGGGGAAUCGAUAUCCAGAAGGGUCCUGGCAAUAUUGACAGAUGCCAGUGGCUCCAAACAGCAGACUUGUGGGCGUAA